GUGGAAACCAGUAGGUGACGUCAGUUCCCCCAACUCGCAGAGAGCGAAACAAACAUGGCGAUGGACUCGAGUGGACGGGGGUUCACGCUAACUGUACUCCUCUUUUAUUGCGUUCUUGCGGGCGUCCGGGCCGAGGGGCCGGCGGCGGAGUCGGGCAGCGGGCCGCGGAUACUCGGCAUGCGGCUGGAGAGGAGCGACACGCCGGCCGGGACCACCGAGCGAGGAGUCAUCCAGGUAACCGAGGGCAGCGACAUCCUCUUCAGGUUCUACGGGCUGCGCCUGCUGCCGAACACCUCGGCGCUCAUCAAGUUCACGGAACUUUACUCCAGCGACAAGGAGGACGACACCUUCGGCGCCCUGGCGGCGCCCGUCAACAGGACUUGUUCCGAACUCACGAAGGACAUAGAGGUGAAGGGGUCCAUGGCGGUGAGCAACCAGAACACCUCCGGGGUGGUCAGCCUCCGGAUCAAGCAGCUCCGCAAGAGCGAGGUGGUCAAGGUGUUCGGCGUGUGCGUGCGCGACACGCAGGAGAAGGAGGAGACGUGGUACAUGAUGGACGACAGGGACGGCCGGGUGCGAGUGGUGGAGGUGGCCAAGUCCCUGCUGCCCAUCUGGCUGCAGGUGAUCCUCAUCUGCUUCCUGCUGGUGCUGUCCGGCAUGUUCAGCGGGCUCAACCUGGGGCUGAUGGCGCUGGACCCGAUGGAGCUGCGCAUCGUGCGGGACUACGGCUCCGAGAAGGAGAAGAAGUACGCGGCGAAGAUCGAGCCCAUCCGCCAGAAGGGCAACUACCUGCUGUGCUCGCUGCUCCUCGGCAACGUCCUGGUCAACACCACCCUCACCAUCCUGCUGGACGACCUCACCAAGUCCGGGAUCGGCGCCGUGGUGGCCUCCACGGUGGGCAUCGUGAUCUUCGGCGAGAUCGUGCCGCAGGCGCUGUGCUCCCGGCACGGUCUGGCGGUGGGCGCCAACACCAUCCUGGUCACCAAGCUGUUCAUGCUGCUGACCUUCCCCCUGUCGUGGCCCAUCAGCAAGGUGCUGGACUGCGUCCUGGGCCAGGAGAUCGGCACCGUGUACAGCCGGGAGAAGCUGCUGGGGAUGCUGAAGGUCACGCAGCCGUUCAACGACCUGGUGAAGGAGGAGCUCAACAUGAUCCAGGGCGCCCUGGAGCUCCGCAGCAAGACGGUGGAGGACGUCAUGACGCCGGUCGGAGACUGCUUCAUGAUCCGCAGCGACGGCGUGCUGGACUUCAACACCAUGUCCGAGAUCAUGGAGAGCGGGUACACGCGGAUCCCCGUGUACGAGCACGAGCGGUCCAACAUCGUGGACAUCCUGUACGUCAAGGACCUGGCCUUCGUGGACCCGGACGACUGCACCACGCUGAAGACCAUCACCAAGUUCUACAACCACCCGGUGCACUUCGUCUUCCACGACACCAAGCUGGACUCCAUGCUGGAGGAGUUCAAGAAAGGAAAAUCCCACCUGGCCAUCGUCCAGAAGGUGAACAACGAGGGGGAGGGAGAUCCCUUCUACGAGGUGCUGGGCUUGGUCACCCUGGAGGACGUCAUCGAGGAGAUCAUCAAGUCUGAGAUCCUGGACGAGUCGGACCUCUACACCGAUAACCGCAACAGGAAAAAGGUGGCGCCCAAUAAAAAUAAGAGAGACUUCUCCGCCUUCAAGCAGAGCGAGAGCGAAUCAAAAGUGAAGAUCUCUCCUCAGCUGCUGCUGGCCGCCCAUCGCUUCCUGGCUACAGAGGUGAGCUUGUUCAGCCCGUCUCAGGUGUCGGACAAGGUGCUGCUGCGAAUCCUUCGCCACCCCGACGUGAUCCAGGAGAUCAAGUUCUGCGCCGCCGACAAGCUGUCGGCGCAUCACUACGUGUACCAGCGGGGGAAGCCCGUGGACUACUUCGUCCUCAUCCUGCAGGGGCGGGUGGAGGUGGAGGCCGGCAACGAGAACAUGAAGUUUGAGACCGGACCGUUCUCCUUCUACGGCGUCAUGGCGAUCAGCGUUCCCACCCUGGUGGCUGCUCCUCGUCCUCGUCACCUCCCCUUUAAGAGGUUUCCUCUGUUUUCUCGGUUGCCAGGUAAAACCGUGUCCUAUGACUCACUGAGGCCCUCCGCCGGAAGACUCACCGCCACCGAGUUCCGCUCGCCGUCCCACCUCAGCGGGUUGAACCGCACGGCCUCCCUGAGCGGCGCCGACCGGACGGACUCGCUGUCCGUCAGCGGCAGCAACAGCCAGCUCAACUGCAGCGUGCCGGCGCAGCAGUACACGCCCGACUUCUACGUGCGGGCCCUCACCGACCUGCAGUACGUCAAGAUCACCCGGUCACAGUACCAGAACGGCCUGGUGGCGUCCCGUCUGGACAGCACGCCGCAGUCCCCGGAGAGCGGCCACAGCGCACCGUGCCUGGAUCAAACCCCUCCGCCCGCCACCGCCGACCCCACCCUCGCGGACCCGGGGGCCGACUUCACCCCGACGGAGAACGGGCCGGACGAAACGACGCUCCUCCUCCUCAACGAGCUGAACUCGCCGAAUGCAGCCAACCACCACAGCCAGCUGGACAACAGCGUCUGACCCCACCCGCCCCCCCCCCCGUCUACACCAGCAACUACACCACCACCGCACCCCGCCAUCUGCACGCAUGCACUACUGCGCUCGAAUGUAUGCUGAGGAAGGGUGGAGUCUGUGUGUGUGUGUGUGUGUGUGUGUGUGUGUGUGUGUGUGUGUGUGUGUGUGUGUGUUUGUAGGAAUGAGACAAAAAGAGACAAGCCAUGUGCAUUUUGUGUAAAUAUGCAAAGGGUGAAACGCACACAUUGAGUUCUGGUAACAUUGUAAAGACACUCGUCCACGGUGGUUCAUCGGCAGAGAGGUGUGUGUGUGUGUGUGUGUGUGUGUGUGUGUGUGUGUGUGUGUGUGUGUGUGUGUGUGUGUGUGUGUGUGUGUGUGUGUGUGUGGUUGCACGCGCUCCUUAACGCAUUAACUGAUCUGAAGGACCUGCUCGUGUGGACCAAGAAGUGAAGAACUAUCAAACCUCCCCCCCGUCCCCACCGCGCGUGUGUGUUUUUAACUAUCCUUGCGUGUGUGUGUUGCUUCCUGUUUACUCAAUCAGAGACUCAGGGAGACUCCGCCCUCCUCCAAUCCCCCCUUCUCCCCCGCCCCCCCACCCCCCCCUUUGUACUUGCAUGCGUAAACCAAAAGCCCCCGCCAGGCGAGGAGACAAAGACGACACCAGCGUGUCAAAUAUAUGUUCUUUAGAAAUCUAUAGUGAGAUAUUUAUUGGUGGAUUCUGCGACGGCAACAAAAGACCUUCAGUUGUUUUUGUUUUGUUUUGUUUUUUGGGGGGGGGGGGGCAUUGUUUGUAUUUCUGUAUCAAUCUUGCUGGGAGCCUUCAGCCCAGAGUUGUUCAGAGAGAUGUAGCAGCGACGAGCAGCCCGGUUUGUAUCGAUUAGGACAAACAAUCAAUAAAUCAAUGUCUAAUUGAGUAAUUACAAUUAAAUGCGGCGGGUACGUUGCUCUCAAACAGAGACCCCCCCCCCUCUACGGACCUGCGUUGUCUGAGUUUAUCUGAUGGAAAGGUCGCGUGGGAAUCCCUUUGCCUUUUUACAAAGAUUGAAGACGUUUCAGGUGUUCAGCGAGUGUUUUUCGAGGGCGCGCGUGUGUGUUUGUGCGUGUGCUUGUGUGUGUGUGUGAGACCAAAAUUGCCAUCACCAGACUUGGUGGGAACAGAAACCAAAAGGGGGAUACUUGAUCACAUUCUGACUAGAACAUAAGAAAUCUGAGACUUUAUUUAUUGAGUUCGAUGUGCGUGUGUGUAAAUAUACUGUUGUCGACGAGGGGGAUGUGAUUUUUAUUUUGCCACAUUAAAUUGUUCAUUGCAUUCAGUGGUUAUGUUUAAGUUUUCUUAAUUAUUAUUAUUUUUUGCAAAUCUGAUUUUGGGGGUUGAGGGUCAAUCUGAACAUUUUAUUGUUUUGUAUUUUUAAACGCCAAACACAGCGGCCGCCAUCAGCGGCGUUGCGUCAGCUUUCGGGGAAGCAAGCAUGUAUUUUCUAUGUAAACAAAGGUUGUUUUUUUCCACAGAACUGUACACACUCCAGUUACAUUUUACUGUGUUAAAGUUGAAUGAAAAAUUGUUUCUUAAAUCUCCAUAAAUGUUUUUGUCCUCCAGCAGAA